UAUUGCGCAUAUGAUUUAAGCUUUUAAACAAGAUCAGAUGUGCUCCGGCGGCAAGUUUUUACUGACAUUGCCACUUGGAUACAUGGAUACCCGCUCCAUAUGCGGACAGACGACACAUCACACCCAACUACUCGAAGAGUAAACGGUGCGCACCGACAAAAACAAUGUCGCUCUCGGAGAUCAUACCGGUGGGUGUUUGCUCUACCGUUUGGCUCUAUUGUGGUUUUGUUCGUGUUAACCCUAAUGUAUUUGCCCCCUUCGCGGGAGGAUGCGCCCACCCACGUAGUGGUUCGAAACGAGCCCCCCGGUGUGACACUCCUCAUCUGGUGGAGACCCUUCGGUAACCGGGAACCCCUGCCCGACUGCGCCGCGAAAUACGGGAUCCAAGGCUGUACACUGACGGAGGAAAGAUGCGCGUAUGACCGCGCCGACGCCGUGAUCGUGCACCACGCAGAACUGACGCGCAACUGGAGCGCGCUACCCCGCGCGCCGCGACCUGCGCGCCAGAAGUGGAUCUGGAUGAACUUUGAAUCUCCGAGUCACUCAGGCUGGCUGGCCGGGCUGGCCGGACUGUUUAACCUCACCAUGUCAUACCACCGAGGCUCGGACAUCUUCAUGCCCUACGGGUACCUGCAGCCCCGGGGUGGAGAUGGAGAUGCCCCGCAGGUGCGUGCGCGGCGCGGGCUGGUCGCGUGGAUCGUUAGUAACUGGAACGAGCAGCACGAGAGGGUGCAAUAUUUCAGACGUCUCCGAAAACACAUACAGGUGGAUGUGUUUGGGCGCGCAGGGCAGGAUUUGAUAUCCGACAGCGUGACGCGCACCGUAUCCCGGUACAAAUUCUAUCUGGCUUUCGAGAAUUCCAUGCAUACGGAUUACAUCACAGAGAAACUGUGGAGGAACGCGCUCGUAUCAGGGGCCGUGCCCGUGGUUCUCGGGCCGCCGCGCGAGAAUUAUGAGCUCUUUCUUCCCGCAGAUGCCUUCAUACACGUGAAAGACUUCAGGAGCCCGCGGGGGCUCGCUGCGUACCUGAAACACCUGGACCGACAUCCCGCGCUCUAUCAGCGCUACCUCACCUGGAGGCGUCACUACAGCGUGCACGUGACGUCAUUCUGGGCGGAGCAUUACUGCAUGGCCUGUAGAGGUGUUCAGGCCAGCAGACACCAGAACAAAGUAGUCACUGAUCUGGCUGUCUGGUUUGAAUCCUAAUGUGUGUUUGCGUUUGACAAGCAAACACCACACAAGUAUUGACUGUGUGCCAUUUAGUUCAAAUGGAAUUUACCCAAAAUAUUUUAGGAUUGUUGCCAAAAGUUUAUGGGGCCCAAGACCAAAUUUAUACUGGUGGGCCUUCUCUCACCCGGGCCCAGAAGAGGUUACAGGUGACUGUCAUGUUCAACACAAUUCAAUGACAACGUCAUGUUUAGACAGCAUGAAAUUAUUUAAACUUAUAUUUUAUAUAUAGUUGUCCUUUUAAACUUUCAUAACUGUAUGAGUAACAGAAAUUGCUGGUUAGAAGAAUGUCAAAACCAAACAUAUUCUUCUCAAAGAAACUAUUUAUAAAGUCUAUGAAAGUGAGCCUUGUGACAUUUAUCCUUUUUCAAAUCUGAUAAUAUAACAUCUAAACACUGUAGAGUCUUUCAAGUAGAGUUUGUUUUUGUGUGUAUCGCACGCAGCCUCACCCACUGCUUUCUGUGUAGAGAUAGUGAGAGUAAUGUGAUCUCUGCCCACAUCCCUUUAGAGCAAACAUACUCCAUUUAUUCACCCUCAUGUCAUUCAAAACAUGUGACUCUAAAUCAGCGAAACACAAAAUAGGAUAUUUUGAGAAAUGUCUCAGUGGUUUUAAAUGAAAGUCAAUGGGGGUAAGUGUUGUUUGGUUACCCACAUUCUUCAAAAUAUCUUCUUUUGUGUCCUGCAGAGGAAAGAAAGUCAAACAGGUUUGAAACAGCAUGAGGGUGAAUAAAUGAUGACAGAAUUUUCAUUUCUGGGGAACUCUCCAUUUAAGUCUAUUGCUUUCUGUCAUUUUGUCUCACCAAAGGACUCUCCGGAAAACAAACGCGUCAUAAAAAAUCCAUUUGGACAUUUAAAUGAUUUUAAAUCAUUAAUUGUUGAGCCCUGUGCAAUUUGCAAAUCACUCUAGGAGCUCUUCAUUUGAAAGUCAAAGCAGAUGCGUGUAAAGAGCGUGAAGACUGAUGAUGAUGAUGUGCUUCUGUGUAACCUUUCAACAAACAAGGCGCAAUCAAACCUGUUAUCCUGAAUUUUAAUAGAUGUGGAGGAUGAUGACAUUCUUCUAAUGUUCCCUAAAUGUAAUAUUAAAACAGCUAGAAGUCUCAUUUUUUAUUUUUGUUAUCACUAAAAGUCCAGAAUCUUUUCAUUAACACGUGACAUGCAGUUCAUUUUUAAAAGCAAAUAGUUGUGGGCAGUUUACAUUUCCUCAGAGAUUAAUAUAAUAUGAAGAGUUCAUUUGCAAAAAUCAGGUUUUUUAUUAUGUUUACAUGCUUUUAUUGUGUUAGUUAGCUGUAUUUUUUUGUCGUUAUUACUUAAUCAAAACAACCCAACUGCAGUUUGAUUGUUAUUAAUUGGAAUGCACAUUAAAAAAACAAUAUUUUUAAUAACGGUUUUAAAUCUGUUUUUGCAAAUGAACUCUUCAUAUUUUUCUACUGUUUAUUUAUGUUACAAAAUAGCAAAUGAACAAAGAAAAAUGCUGUUAGAUGGUAAGCCCAAAGUUAAUCAGUUGUUUUUUGUGUGUUGAUUGAAUCAGUCACAGAAAAAGUCUUACGUCAGUUUUACCACAAGGGGGCAGUAACAGCACGAAAAUGUCAGCCCUGAGCUGAAUUGGAGUCUUGAAUUUCUGGUCUUGGUCUUGAAACAUCUCCCAUAUAAAAUGUUUGGCUUGGAUCUCAAAAUGUUCCAUACAGUCUGGUUAUAAGUCUAAAUUCAUGAUCUCUGACUAAAGUAAAGCCUCAAUAGCUUAAGAGUGCAAUAUCUGUAUUUGACUCCACACAGUCAUAUCCAUAAAAUAAAAUAAAAUCAGUAAAAAUGUGUGUUUGGUUUAGUGUUUUGCUUUGGUUUUCUAUUUUUAUUAAUCAGUAUGUUUUUAGUUUUAGCCAUAUUAUAUAAUAUUGUACUUUUUAAAUAGAUUCUAUAAACUUUCAAUUUGUGUUGUUUCUUUGUUUUGAUGAGUUCACUAUUAUUCCAAAAUGUAAAAAAUACUAAAGAAGAAUGAUCAAGUGACUCUUACCUUUGGACUGAAGUGUAUACUGUACCCAUAAA